AACAACUGAAGCGAUGAAACAUUGACGUCAAUAUAAUAAAAAAAAUUAUUAACUUAAAAUAAAAAUUAAAUUAUAGUGAAAUGCCGAGUGCGAGACGACGUCGAUUUUCAGUCCAAAAUGAAAUGAUAAAUCAUGAUACUGUAAAAUUGCAAAAUGAAACCCAAAUCAGUCACCAAGAUUUCAAUUUAGAUAUAAAUACACCCCAGCACUAUUUUGGAGGGCAUAAAACAAGAUAUAGAAACAAAAUAAUACCAAACACAUCCAAAAGGUCAUCCUGCUUAGAAGUCCUUACCGAAUGUAAAAGCACCACAUCAACAUCAGAUAUUCAAAAUCAUACGCUAACAUCUGACAAAGAAGUAACGGCAAGUUCCAGUAAUAUCAAUCUUUUUACCAUUUUUAACUCCCCUAAUUGUCUUGCUUUUGAUGGCUCCAACGAGAAACGAGAUAAUGAAAAGGAUCUCAAAAAAGCUAAUGUAGAACACAUUAUGCGCAGAGACAGAACUCCACGUCGAGAUAAAUAUCUUCACCGUAUAAAAGUUAGAAGCCCUAAACGCAAAGCACCAGUUAUUGAUAAAAAUCCCAAGAAGCGAUCAAUCGGUAUAAAUUCAACAAAUUUCGACAUAGAAACACAAAGUAGACAAAGCUUACAGGUUGAAGUUUUAAAAGAAGUAAUAGAUGUUGGUGAAAACACUGAAGAAGAUGAAAAAUUUAGCAAUCAUUCUUUAGAGGAUAUGUGUCGUAUUUGUCACAGUGGAGAAGGAGUUUCAGGGGAACUAGGGAACCUUAUUUCAGCGUGUUCCUGCAGAGGAACUAUUGGGAGAGUUCAUAUAAAAUGUUUGGAGAGGUGGCUAACCGAAUCAGGAAAGACACGAUGUGAAUUAUGUGGAACAAAAUACGUAACUCGCCGUGUUCAUAAAUUUGGUGUUUUGAAAGCCCUUGCUAUGUGGAUUCUCAGUCAUAACUCUAAACAUAUGAUUGUUGACUUCUUCGGCAUCAUGAUAAUGACCCCAAUAGCGGUUGUAGCUGCAGGAUUAACGGGGAGGACCUUUGCUGGUCUUAUGGCACAAGAUCAUCUAACGCCUUGGCCUCUAGCCUCGACAUUCGUACUAGCUUGUAUGACUCUGGUGUGUUAUUACUGCUGGAUAGUCUCAGCCUUGACUCGUCACGCACUCGGAUGGUGGAUCUGGUACAGGUCUCACUACGAAGUGAGACUUCAAUUGCAAGAAAAUGAAUCGUAAUCAAAAUUUUAAUAUAAAAAAUGAAAAAAAAAUCUGAAAAACUAUGGAUUUUUCAUAUUUGAUACAAGUUUGAGACUUCUUAUAAUAAUUAGUUACUUAGUUGAGACUCAAUGUUUUUAAGUCUGUCUUAUCAAUAUCUAUAACAGUUUACACUAUCAUUCUUAUAAGAAAUUCUCAUACAUGAGUUGCUCAAAGAUUUAAUUGAUUAUUUUUAAAUCAACAUUUGUUUAUGAUAAAGACAAAAAAAGUUACAACAUUAGUGCUGACAUAACGUGAAGACUAAUUAUCGGUAAAGAAUCAGCUUCAGUCCAUUUUAUUUAAUGUAAAAUGAUUUGAUUGCUACAUAUUCGAAUAAAUAUCUUUUAUUUAA